GCUUAAAGUUUCUGAAUGUUUCUGAACGAUCUUUAUUUGACAGUUGUCUAUAGACCAAAUGUUUAUGGUUAAUAAUUUUUGACGUUUUACUUCUUUUUAAAAGUUGUGAUCAUGGCGCGCUUACCCGUACCCGCGCUCCCACCCAAAAAGAGCAAGAAGGACAAAAGGCCUCCUAAAGACAACUCUAAAAAUGUUAUGCGAAAUCUGCAUAUCAGAAAAUUGUGUUUAAACAUCUGUGUUGGAGAAUCUGGUGACAGACUGACACGUGCUGCAAAGGUGUUGGAACAGCUGACUGGUCAACAGCCCGUCUUCUCGAAGGCUCGCUACACUGUGCGAUCCUUUGGUAUCCGUCGUAAUGAAAAAAUUGCUGUGCACUGCACUGUACGUGGUGCCAAGGCUGAAGAAAUCCUCGAGAGGGGAUUAAAAGUCAGAGAAUACGAGUUGAGACGUGACAACUUCUCAGCCACAGGAAACUUUGGUUUCGGUAUUCAAGAACACAUUGACUUGGGUAUCAAGUACGAUCCUUCUAUUGGUAUCUAUGGUCUCGACUUCUAUGUUGUCCUUGGCCGUCCAGGUUUCAACGUAGCUCACAGGAGGAGAAAAACCGGCAAGGUUGGUUUCCCUCACCGCCUGACAAAGGAAGACGCCAUGAAGUGGUUCCAACAGAAAUACGAUGGUAUCAUCCUUAACAGCAAGAAGUAAAUCAUAAGUUAUUAAAAAAAUUUAAAAGGA